AUGGACCUACAUCAGUACACCGGCAUCGAAAACGAGGAGUUCACGCCGGUCAACUACAGCCAGAUUAUGGGUCACGUGGUGCGCGAUCUCGUGUACGCGAGCGACGUGCCCGACGUGGUGGUGGUGGAGCGGCAGCGGUUCCGCACAAUGGGCAACAAGAACGUGUUUGAGCACAUUUUGAGGAGCAACAUUCUUGAGAGCGUCUUGGUGGCCACGAUACUGGCCAGGGGCCGCUGCCAUGUGGAGAGCCAGUCGCCGCAGAAAAUGGCGUCGUACUGGACAGGCGCCAAGGAUUCGAAAACCGAGCGAAUGGUCAAGGUUGCGCGCUGGAUGGACGUGCUGCUCGCGGGAGAGCGCUCGCACGAGGUCCCAUGCUGUAUCUCAACUCUAUAA